AUGGAUCUCGCAGAUCUUCGGGUCGGUAUAGAACCACCACCUGGAGGCCUGGCUCUACGUGAGGUGAGGAGGAAUCUCAGAUCCAAACUUCUUUGCGACUUAACAUUCCUCAAGUCAUGCCGAGACAACAAGGUCAUUCCUACAAAUUUUCGAUUAAAACACCCAGACGGUCCACCUUCAACCGUGAACAUCCUCGCAAAGUGCAGUCAUGCCUUAAUCCGGAAAACCAUCCACAACAUCAGACGAAAUCUCGAUACAACCAACUCGUCACUUUUUCAUCACUUUGGAAUUUUAUCGCUUGCUAACAUCCAUCCUAUUAUCUGGGACACUUAUCUUAGAAUCUCUAUCGAAAAGGCAGAUCAUAUAAGUGCAAAAAAGACCGAUACCCAGAAGAAAAAACUGUUUUUCCUUCUCCAACACAAAAUCCCACCUAAACAAACAACCAACACCCCUGUCCUGAUACACCAUCUCUCCGAUACCCCUAUCGAUCAAACCACUCGAGAGCUUCUAUCUAAAGUAUUGAAUUUUUGUAUCACCCCACACAAACUACCGACCGAAACUAUCAUUACUCAGGUGGAAUCCGCCAUAUCGCACCUCCCCCCAACCGAAGCCGAGGAAACACGUCAGGACAUUGCCAGCACCCUAAGGAGAGCCAAACUUCCUCCAUCAAACAUCUCACGUUCUGAAAGAAUAUGCCUCAGAAAUCUCCAUAAUAAUACCGAUAUCAUUGUCCUUCCAGCCGACAAGGGUGACGCUACGGUUAUUCUCAACACUUCUGACUACGUGGAGAAGAUUUCAUCCCUCCUGUAG